UCACCCAUGGCUAACCUGAUUCUGCUUUGUUUUCUUUCUAUUUUUUGCUUUUUAUUAACGAGUCAUGCAGCAACAUAUGUUGUUGGGGAAACUUCUGGCUGGGACAUAAGCACUAAUAUUGAUUCAUGGGCUUCUGACAAGAGAUUCAACGUUGAUGAUGUUCUAUUAUUCCAAUACUCAUCAUCUCACAGCGUGAACGAGGUUGCGAAAGAAAGUUUCGAGACUUGCAAUACAACAAACAGUUUGAGAACAUUUUCCAAUGGGAAUACAACUGUAACACUGCCAAAUGCUGGAACCAGGUAUUUUGUUUGUGGCAACAAGAUGCAUUGCCUUGGAGGGAUGAAGCUUCUAGUAAAUGUAGAAGAUGAUCAAACAUCUUCACCUGUUGGUGCCCCAGAAGCACAACCUCGAGCGACAACUCCGAAGCCGUCUUGGAAGAAUAAUGAUCCUGCAACUGUUAUGCCCAGUUCGGAUGGGUUCAUCAAUAGUGGAAUUCAAUCUGUUUUAAUAGCCUUCCUAUUUAUGCCCCCUACAACUUCGGGUCUAUUACACAUUUGAGUAUAAUGUUCAUAAAUAUUC